ACUUUUCAAAAAUAAACGUUUUAGAAGAAUAAUAUAUAUGCAAGCCAUGCUGAGAGUGCUAGUCAAACCAUUAAAUACUAUCCUGCCAGCCCACACCCAUAGAUCUUGGAAUCCACUGCGUGUUUGCAAACAAUUUUUGACAGUGACAACUCAUGCUUCUCAUCAAAAUGAGUCAGAUUUGAGUGAUAAUGGUGAGAACAAGGAGAGUAAAGAUAAUGUAUCCACUGAUGGAAAUAAUGGUGACAGUUCUGCGCUAACACAAAUCGGUGUUCCUGAAAAUUUCCCAGUAGUUCCUGUUAUUCCUUUGUAUCGUAAUCCUGUGUUUCCAAAGUUCGUAAAGUUAGUCGAGGUUUCAGAUCAAUUGUUAAUGGAACUGAUAAGAAAAAAGUGCAAACUAUCACAACCUUAUGCUGGAGCAUUUUUAAGAAAAGAUGAUAGCGAUAAAGAAGUCAUUCAUAAUCUUGAUGAAAUAUAUUCUAUUGGUACAUUUGUUCACAUCUCAGAACUACAUGACACUGGAGAUAAAAUCAAAAUGAUAAUUUCUGGACACAGAAGAGUUCAUAUUACCGGAGCUAGCAGACAAGAUGACACUGCUGAAACAGUGUUUGACAAAUCUGAAUUUUGCAAUGAGAAAAUUGAAAGCAGUUCAGAUAAAGACUCAGAUAAAAUACUUGAGAAUAAUUCUCCAGAACGAAUUGACAGCAACAAAAAGUUUGAAGCAAUUGAUAUGUCUGAAAACAGGGAACCAAUUCUGCUUGUCGACAUUGAGAAUACUCACCAUGAACCUUUUACCCAAACAAAAGAACUAAAGGCAACUGCUGCAGAAGUUGUGAAAACGAUAAGAGAUAUUAUAGCCAUUAAUCCAUUUUUUAAAGAAUCUCUUUCACAGUUAAUAGAGGCUGGUAAACGUGUUAUUGAUAAUCCUGUUCAUUUAGCUGAUUUCGGUGCUGCUUUGACAAGUGCAGAUCCACCUCAGUUGCAAGCAGUGUUAGAGGAACAGAAUAUACCUCAGCGAUUGAUGCUAACAUUGGAAUUAUUGAAAAAAGAGUUAGCUAUUAUUACUCUUCAACAAAGACUAGGGAAGGAGGUAGAAGAAAAAGUCGGUAAAAUGCAGCGAAAAUAUCUGCUUCAAGAACAACUAAAAAUUAUAAAAAAAGAAUUGGGUUUGGAGAAGGAUGAUAAAGAUUCUGUAAUUGAAAAAUUUCGCUCACGUUUGAAGCUUCUUACUGUUCCAGUGAAUGUGAGUGAUAUAAUUGAAGAAGAACUUGACAAACUAUCUUACCUUGACAAUCAUUCUUCAGAGUUUAGUGUUACUAGAAAUUAUUUGGAUUGGCUUACAAGUAUGCCAUGGGGAGUGUGCACAGAAGAUGUACUUGAUUUAGAACAUGCACGUUCUGUUCUUGACAAAGAUCACUACGGUUUAGAAGAAAUUAAAGAUCGUGUGCUUGAAUUUAUUGCUAUAAGAAAGCUGAGCGGGAAUGUUCAAGGGAAAAUACUGUGCUUUACUGGGCCACCCGGUGUUGGUAAAACGAGUAUCGGUAAAUCUAUCGCCAGUGCAUUAAAUCGGAAAUAUUUCAGAUUCAGUGUUGGAGGAAUGACUGAUGUAGCAGAGAUAAAAGGACAUCGACGUACAUAUGUUGGUGCCAUGCCAGGCAAGAUUAUUCAAUGCUUAAAGAAAACACAAUGCGAGAAUCCACUGAUUCUUAUAGAUGAAGUUGACAAAAUAUCACGUGGAAUUCAAGGAGAUCCAGCUUCGUCGCUCUUAGAACUUCUUGAUCCUGAACAAAACCAUAAUUUUCUCGACCACUAUCUUGAUGUGCCUGUUGAUAUGUCGAAAGUCUUAUUUGUAUGCACUGCCAAUACAACUGAUACUAUCCCAGGUCCCUUAAAAGACAGGAUGGAAAUGAUUGAAGUAUCUGGUUAUAUUGAACAUGAAAAAAUGGGAAUAGCUAAGCAAUAUUUGAUACCAUUUGCCGAAAAGGCUGCAGGUAUGAGCAGUGCGUCUAUAAGGAUUUCUGAUGAAGCAAUUGAAACCGUUAUUAGAAGCUAUUGUCGUGAAAGUGGUGUACGAAACUUGCAAAAACAUAUUGAAAAGAUGUACCGAAAAGCAGCACUGGAAUAUGUUAAAAAGAAUGAAGUGGUAUCCAUCACACAAGAUAACUUAAAACAAUUUGUCGGUAAUCCGGUAUUUAAUUCUGAACGAAUGUAUGAUAAGACACCUGUUGGUGUUAGUGUUGGUCUUGCAUGGACUUCAAUGGGUGGAUCGACGCUAUUCAUAGAAACUACGGUAAAGGCUAAAACUACUGCAUCAUCAUCACCAUUAUAUAUUACUGGACAGUUAGGUGAUGUCAUGAAAGAAAGUUGCCAAAUUGCGUAUACAUAUGCUAAAUCAUUUUUCUCAAAACAAAAUCCUGGAAGUACGUUUUUCGACGACCAUUUAAUUCAUCUUCACGUACCUGAAGGAGCUACUCCGAAAGAUGGUCCAUCUGCUGGCUGCACCAUCACUACAGCAUUAUUAUCGCUUGCGAUGGACCAAAGAAUUAAUCACAAUUUAGCUAUGACUGGUGAACUUUCAUUAACUGGGAAGAUUUUACCAGUUGGAGGAAUAAAGGAAAAGCUGAUUGCGGCCCGUCGAGCAGGGAUUACAAAAGUGUUGCUUCCGAUUGGAAAUAAAAAUGACUACGAUGACCUUCCUGAAUUUCUUAAGAAAGACAUGGACGUUCGCUUUUUAACAGAAUAUGCAGAGACAUUUCAAGAAGCCUUCAACUAACACGUAACACUGAUUUGAUAAAUUAUUUAUAUUGUAAUACAUAUAAUGCUUAUUGUUUGUUUCAGGGCAUUUUUGAUCUAAAAUGAAACGAUAACGCCGAUAUCAUUCUACAGGGCGUCCUUUUUUUCCUAAAUUUUUAAUUUUUGCGAGAAGUUCCUAAACUCUGAAAAUUACUCUGAAAAUUAAACUAAUUAUCUUAGAUUUUUUUAAAAAUUUUUUUACUAAAAAUAUGCCCAUAAGGCAGAGUUGAUAAUACUGUUAAGGCCUGAUGCACGGUACGAUAAAUGCAAUAAAUCGUAUCGUGUAAACGCCUAAAAUCAUACAAAAGUACCAGUUACGAGUCGCAUGCGACGAAAACGAUACGUACGGAAGUGCUAUUAAUUUUUCUUCACAUAUAGAGAAGUUAAUUGUUUAUGUAUGCCGCACUCACAACGUAACACCAGCAGUAAAAAUGAAAUGUUUUGUAGCCACACUUUAUAAUGGGUACAGGACCAACGCAACAAGGAGUUAUUUCUGCUACACUUGAUCGUAGCAUUGCUACCAUUGUUAUUGUGAAACCACGUGAAGUUAUUCGUGUCAAAUACUUGAAGGAUGAACCAUUUGUAAAAUAGAAUAAAAAAUAAAAAAAUUGCUACAUUUGUUAAAAAGAUUGAUCGUUUUUCUGUCUUAUCAUAACAUUUCUACAUCUUUUGAUCUGAUUUUAAGUCAAUAUUUUAGAAUCCAAAUUUUUCACUAUUUUGAAAGUGCUGUAACUUUUCUUUUUGAUAACAAGGAUCGUAAUUUUAUUCUUAUCCUAGGAUAAGAAUAAAACAAUGUCAUAACUAAAGCAGCAUAUUAAAUUUGUUUUUCUGCUUGUGUUAUGUCUUCAAAAGUGGGGCAACAUAUUAAAUUUGUUUUUCUGCUUGUAAUAUGUCUUCAAAAGUAGGGCAACAUAUUAAAUUUGUUUUUCUGCUUGUGUUACGUUUUCGUAAUGCGUACAAAACAACUGUAUAUGUUUUUACUUCACUUAUGCAUGUAAAUUAAAAGAAAUGGCGCAAAUGGGCUUUUGUAGAUGUCGUACGAACCAUGUAGCGCUCAGAAGUUAAAUGCGGCAAGUAAUAAGACAGAAAAAAACCCAGUUUUUUCAGUGCGUGUAAAAAUGUAUUAAAAUUGAUAACCUUUUGUUUCGCACAAAUCGUAAAGUGUAUCCGGCCCAUAAGUCAACUUUUCUUUAUAUAUAUAACGUUAGUUUUAUGAGCUUUAAAGACCUUAUGGCAUCAUUAUUGAGAUAGUAUAAGGUAGAACUCUGGACAUAAGUUUGGAAAGUUAAAGCUAACAUUUAUCACAUGAUGAUGUACCACUAUUUGUAAAAAUGUAAUUUUCUAGAGUUUUAUUAAAGUUUUGUUUUAAUUAUCGCCUUUUGUGAAAUUUUUGCGGAGACAAACUUUCGCGGAUUCGAAAUUUUCGUAUACGGGUAUAAAUAUUUGCGGUUUGCGAUUUUAACAAUA